AUGUCUCCUCAGCAGGUGCACGACAACACCGUCUACCUACUCCCUCUAAAGGAUGAUGGCACGCCGGAUCUGCCGGGCGAACCCCCAUACAUCUACCUGAGUCCUCCGACAGUCCCAGCAUACAGCGUGAGGUUCGAGAUCGAGGGCACCAGCUCGAUUACUCGGCAAGGCAGCCUGUGGGUGAACAUUCCGGAAAGACACCAGCCCUUCGACCGGAAGAAGUUUCGGGAGAUCAAACUCAAGCCGAGCUUCAAAGAUGCCAUCAAGAUUGAUAUUCCGAUCUACUGUGCCGGCGCUUUCUCCUUCUACUGCACCUACACCCCUCUGCCGCCCUUCACCACGAAGAAGGUCGACCCACCCAAGCCGACGUCCACCCCGACCUUCUACAUCGAUGUGUCGCCGUCACUGCAUGUUCAGAAGUCCAGGGUGCCACUCGACGCCAUCUCCUGCAUUUCCGUCUUGUCCAAGUUCAUGGGCAAGUACCCGGACGAUUGGGAGCGUCACCUCCAUGGCAUCAGCGAGCGCGGGUACAACAUGGUCCACUACACACCGUUGAUGAUCAGGGGUGACAGCAACUCGCCAUAUUCGAUCUACGAUCAGCAUACCUUCGACAAGGCAAUGUUCCCGCAAGGCGAGGCAGACGUCGAACGCUUGACCAAGAACAUGGUCGACGACUACGGCCUCAUGUCAUUGACUGAUGUCGUCUGGAAUCAUACUGCAAACAACAGCAAGUGGUUGGAAGAGCAUCCGGAGGCAGGCUAUAAUCUCAAUACGGCACCACACCUCCGAGCUGCCUACGAGCUGGACAGCGCAUUGCUGCGUUAUUCGGCAAACCUCCAGCAACUGGGCAUGCCCACUCGGUUGAAGAGUCAAGACGACCUGCUCCGCAUCAUGGAUGGCAUGAAGAUUCACGUCAUUGGAGCCCUCAAGCUGUGGGAGUUUUACGUCUGCGAUGUUGAGCGGGACACCAAGGCCGCUGUCACUGCCUGGACCGGAAACAACGCCGACCUCAGCGAUCCACUUCCGGACGAUGCGGCCUCAUGGAACCUGAAGCAGAAGGCUGAAUGGCUGCGUGAUCGCGCAUGUCCCGGCAAGGACCGCAUGGGCGAGCGGUUCCGGCGUCGCAUCAUCCCAGAGCGCGCUGCUGCGCUGUUGACUAAGCUGUUCGGCAGGUACAAUGCCAAGGCCAACGGCGAGGGUGACAUGCGCGUCGCAUACGGGACCAUGCAGCGGUUCCUGAACGAAGUCAACCUCGACUGGUACCGCGAGUAUGACGCUGAUGUCGCCGCCAUCAUGGAACAGGUCUUCAACCGCACCAAGUACAUGCGCUUGGACGAGAACGGACCCAGGACUGGCGACAUCACGAUCCAGAACCCAUUGACUGAGUCGUACUUCACUCGACUGCCAGUCAACGAUACCACGUCGAAGCACGAUCCAGACUCGCUGGCUCUUGCGAACAACGGCUGGGUAUGGGCUGCAGAUGUCAUGCGUGACAACGCCGGUCCGAAGUCGAAGGUCUAUCUACGUCGUGAGCUGAUCGUCUGGCAAGACUGUGUCAAGCUUCGCUACGGUUCUGGUCCCGAUGACUCGCCGUACCUGUGGAAGUUCAUGACAGAGUACACACAACUUAUGGCCAAGCACUUCCACGGCUUCCGCAUCGACAACUGCCAUUCGACACCUAUGCAUGUCGCCGAACACAUGCUUGACGCCGCGAGACACGUCCAGCCGAACUUGGUCAUUGCUGCGGAACUCUUCAGUGGUGACGAGAAGAUGGACUUCAUGUACUGUCAACGUCUCGGCAUCAGCUUCUUGGUUCGGGAAGCGAUGCAAUGUUGGUCGACCGCCGAGGUUAGCAGACUGGUGCACAUCAACUGCGGCAGGCCUAUUGGGUCUUUCGAGCGUGACGACGUCGCUGGCUUGGACACGAAGCCGCAGGCCAACGGGACAACCAAUGGAGCGCUCCAGGGCAAGGAGAUUGUGCACAAGAUCAACCCAUCGAAGAUUCACGCUCUUCUCAUGGACUGUACCCACGACAACGAGACGCCUAUCCAGCGUCGCGAUGGACGGGAUACUCUGACCAACUCCGCACUGGUGGCCAUGUGUGCCUCUGCCUCUGGAUCUGUCUUCGGCAUGGACGAGCUGUACCCGCAGCUGAUCGAGCUGGUCCACGAGACCAGGCCGUACACUUCACCAUACAGCAACCUCAAGCCGGGUGAGAGCUUGCGCAUUGGCCCGUCUGAAGGUACCGGCGGUGUCAAGCGCCUCAUGAACCAGCUCCACACCAUCAUGGGCGUGGACCACUACGACGAGUGCUUUGUGCAUCACGAUGGCGAGUACAUCACCGUCCACCGCAUGCAUCCAAAGUCUCGCAAGGGCUACUACUUGAUUGCUCACACCGCCUUCCCUGGCUAUGGCAACGGCAAUGGUGGCUUCCAGCCGCAAUGGCUUACUGGGACCAAGGCGAAGUUGCUGGGAGCCUGGAACUUGGAGUGCGACCAGUCCCGGGAGGCCAAGCAGGCUGCGAUCAAUGACAAGGUGCUUCGCGGUGUACCCUCGCACACCAACGACCUCAAGGGCGUGCAGGUCGAACAGCGAGGUGAGGAUACUGUCAUCACCGUGCCAGAGUUCUUCCCGCCUGGCUCCAUCGCCAUGUUCGAGACCUGGAUUCCGGGUGCUGAGCACAGCGAGGGUCUCGACAAGUUCGCCACUUCUGGCGCCCGGGAUGCAUUUACAAAGGUGACGCUGAACGAGCUCAAUGCUGUGCUGUACCGUGCCGACUCCGAAGAGCGUGCCAUGUCCGGUGGCGCUGACGGCGUGUACUCCAUUCCUGGCAUGGGUCCGCUUGUCUACUGCGGUCUGCAGGGCUGGUGGAGUGUGCUUCGCGACAUCAUCAAGCAUAACGACCUCGGCCAUCCUAUGUGCAGCCAUCUCCGUGACGGCAAAUGGGCACUUGACUACAUUGUUGGCCGCCUUGACAAGCUGGCCGAGAGAGACAUCUACUCGCACCUCAAGGGACCGGCUGACUGGCUCCGUGUCCGGUUCGAUGCCAUCCGCAAGCUGCCGAGCUUUUUGUUCCCACGAUAUUUCGCCCUCGUCAUCCGGACCGCGCACAAGGCUGCCUGCGAACGUAGCAUCGAGCAGAUGAGCCACAACGUCCAAGCCGGCCAGCGAUUCCUCAAGAAGCUUGCCAUGGUCAGCGUGCAAUGCAAUGGCUACAUGGAGAAUGCUUCGCUCUGGCCUGACAAGAUGGUGCCGUCCCUCGCCGCUGGUCUUCCUCACUUCGCGCAGGACUGGGCACGUUGCUGGGGUCGCGACACCAUGAUCGCCAUGCGAGGCCUGCUGCUUAGCACGGGCAGGUUCGACGACGCGAAGGAGCACCUGUUAUGCUUUGCUUCUCUUGUCAAGCAUGGCAUGAUUCCGAACUUGCUCGGCAGUGGCAAGCUCCCGCGCUACAACUCCCGUGACUCGGUCUGGUUCUUCCUGCAGAACAUCCAGGAUUACGUCACGCUUGUUCCUCAUGGCGACACCAUCCUCAAGGAGACUGUGAAGCGCCGCUUCAAGCCAUACGACGAUACCUGGUUUGCUUGGGACGAUGAGCGUGCGUACAAGGACACCAGCUCUGUGGAGGACGUCAUUCACGAGUGUCUCCAGAGGCAUGCCGGCGGCCUACACUUCCGCGAGUACAAUGCUGGCCCAAGCCUCGACAGCCAGAUGAAGCCAGAUGGUUUCAACAUUGACAUGGACGUUGACUGGAAGACUGGCAUCCUCUUUGGCGGCAACGAACAGAACUGCGGCACCUGGAUGGACAAGAUGGGCGAGAGUGUCAAGGCUGGCAACAAGGGCGAGCCUGGUACGUCGAGAGACGGUGCGCCUGUCGAGAUCACCGGUCUGCUGUACAGCACGCUGAAGUGGGUUGAUGGCCUUCACCGCAACGGCUCCUUCAAAUACGAAGGCGUCACCACUUCCGAUGGCAAGAAGGUCUCCUACGCCGACUGGGCGGCGAAGAUCAAGGCCAACUUCGAGCACUGCUACUACGUGCCAGUCGACCCAAGCGAGGACAGCCAGUACGACGUCAACUCCAAGAUUGUCAACCGCCGCGGCAUCUACAAGGACGUCUACCGCGGCAAGAAGGAGUACCGCGACUACCAGCUCCGCCCCAAUUUCCCCAUCACCAUGACUGUGGCCCCGGACCUCUUCAACCCUCAACACGCCCUCGUCGCGCUCGAGGUGGCGGACAAGUACAUUCGCGGCCCUACCGGCAUGGCGACGCUCGAUCCUGGCGACCACGAAUACCACCCGUGGUACUUCAACAGCGAGGACAGCGACAACUUCGCUACCGCGAAGGGACGGUCCUACCACCAAGGCCCGGAGUGGCUGUGGCCGACCGGCUUCUUCUUGCGGGCGUUGCUCAAGUUCGACCUCAUGCGCCGGCAGACGAAGGAGGAGAAGGUGGAGGCGUUCCAGCAGGUCACCGCCAGGCUGCAUGGGUGCCAGCAGAUGAUCCGGGAGAGUCCGUGGGCGGGCUUGACGGAGCUGACGAACAAGGACGGGGCGUAUUGUGGUGAUUCGUGCCCGACGCAAGCGUGGUCCGCAGGGUGCAUAAUAGAUCUCUACGACGACGCGAGCAAGUACUCCGACGAGCUGCUGUAG